CGCACCGCCACAGCGUGUUGUUGGGUUCCCUGCGGGGUGGGGUUCCUGAAGAUCCUGCACAAAUACGAAAUCACCUUUCUUCUGCCCCCCGUGCAGAGGCUGGGGAAGGACGUCUGCGCCGUCCCGCUUCCCAACCUGAACCUUAAAGUGCUCAGCGUCACCCCGGUGUCUGAAGGCUACAGCGUGAAGUGCGAGUACACCGCGCACAAGGAGGGGGUCCUGAGAGAGGAGAUGCAGCUGUCCAGCGAGACCCACGACGGGGCCUGCGUCAAAGUGGUCGUCCAAGCCCGGGUCAUGGGGAGACGUCACCACCACAGCACCCCCAUGCUGCUGGAAGGAGUCCGCUGCAUCGGGGCGGAGCUGGAGUACGACUCGGAGCAGAGCGAGUGGCAAGGGUUCGACUAGCUGCCGCAGGCCGCGCACUCCUUUUCGUUUUGUAAAUUUCAGCUUGACGUUGACGAAAAGCAAAUGGUUCGCUGGCUGCAGGGUCCUGAGCGCGCUGGUUUUGUGGUUACCAAUGGAGCUUGUCUUGUGAGGUUUGGGGGCUGCGCUUUUAUCCCCCCCCGUUCCCCUAAGAGCCAACCAAAUCAUAGGCCACUCGUUGCAAAGGGUUG